ACCGAGCCGGUUUAUGAGAAAUUUAUAACGACUCCACUGUUCGAGAUACUCAUUAUCACAAGAACAUAGGCAGAUAAACAACGAAAGAUGGACAUUAAGGACCAAGGAGCUCAAAUGGAGCCGCUUCUGCCAACGGUACUCUCUCCUGGGGUGGGUAGAAAUGUGAGGAACGAUGAAGAGGCUGUGGUCGAUAGAGGCGGGACCCGGUCACUGCUAAAAACCAACUUUGAGAAGGAAGAAUUGGAAGGUCACCGGACGCUGUACAUCGGAGUGCACGUUCCCCUGGGCCGGAAACCCCACCGGAGACACCGGCACCAUGGCCACAGGCACCGGAAGAGGGACAGGGAACGGGACUCAGGCGUCGACGACGGCCGAGAGUCUCCCAGCUACAACACCCCAUCACAGAGAGUGCAGUUCCUCUUGGGGACCGAAGACGAUGAUGAAGAGCACAUCCCUCACGACCUCUUCACCGAGCUAGACGAGAUCUGCCUGCGUGAAGGGGAGGAUGCGGAGUGGAGGGAGACCGCUAGGUGGCUGAAGUUCGAGGAGGACGUGGAGGAUGGCGGGGAGCGCUGGAGCAAGCCAUACGUGGCCACGCUGUCCCUGCACAGCCUGUUCGAGCUCCGCAGCUGCAUCCUCAACGGCACCGUGCUGCUGGACAUGAGGGCCAGCUCGCUGGAGGAGAUUGCAGAUAUGAUCCUGGACCAGCAGGAGUCCUCAGGUGAGCUGGACGAGGUUGUGCGGAAGAAGAUCCGAGAUGCACUCCUCAAGCAGCACCACCACCAGAACCAGAAGAAGCUGGCCAAUCGCAUCCCCAUCGUACGCUCCUUUGCCGACAUUGGCAAGAAACAGUCAGAGCCCCACUCCAUGGACAAAAACGGUCAAAUGAUACCACCUCAGCCUCAGCUUUUCUCCACUGAGGGGAAGAGUGAUGUCAGCCGGGAGAACAGCACAGUGGACUUCAGCAAGAUAGACCUUCACUUCAUGAAGAAGAUUCCCCCGGGCGCUGAAGCGUCCAAUAUCCUGGUGGGAGAGCUGGAGUUUUUGGACCAUCCUGUGGUGGCGUUUGUGCGCCUCUCCCCUGCGGUCUUGCUGAACGGACUAGCAGAAGUUCCCAUCACCACCAGGUUCCUGUUCAUUCUGCUUGGACCACUCGGGAAAGGGCCACAGUAUCACGAGAUUGGUAGAUCAAUCGCAACUCUAAUGACAGACGAGGUUUUCCAUGACGUUGCGUACAAAGCCAAGGACCGGAAUGAUCUGGUGGCCGGUAUCGAUGAGUUCCUGGACCAGGUGACAGUGCUGCCCCCCGGAGAAUGGGACCCAUCCAUUAGGAUAGAGCCACCAAAAAAUGUCCCAUCUCAGGAGAAACGUAAGAUCGCAGCUGUGCCCAACGGCACAGCAGAGUUGAACGAGCACGGUGGGCACGGUGGCCCAGAGCUGCAGCGCACCGGCAGACUCUUUGGCGGGCUCAUCAUGGACCUGAAGCGCAAGCUGCCACACUACCUGUCGGACUACACGGAUGCAGUCAGCCUGCAGUGCUUGGCUUCCUUCCUGUUCCUGUACUGUGCCUGCAUGUCACCUGUCAUCACCUUUGGGGGCUUGCUCGGGGAGGCCACAGAGGGCCGCAUCAGUGCCAUUGAGUCCCUGUUUGGAGCCUCCAUGACAGGGAUAGCAUAUUCCCUGCUGGCAGGCCAACCUCUCACCAUACUGGGCAGUACAGGACCUGUCCUGGUAUUUGAGAAGAUAUUGUUCAAAUUUUGCAAGGAGUACGGGCUGUCCUACCUCUCGCUGAGAGCGUGCAUCGGGUUGUGGACGGCGGCGCUCUGCUUGGUGCUGGUGGCCACGGACGCUAGCUCUCUCGUCUGCUACAUCACCCGCUUCACAGAGGAAGCCUUCGCCUCCCUCAUCUGCAUCAUCUUCAUUUACGAGGCCUUGGAGAAACUCCUGCACCUGGGCGAAACCUACCCCAUCAACAAGAACAAUGACCUUGACAAACUCACCCAGUAUUGGUGUGCCUGUAAGCAGCCUCUGGACCCCAGCAAUGCCACUCAGUCCUACUGGGAGGACAACAACAUCACAGCCUCCGAGAUCUACUGGGAGGCCCUGGAGGUCAAGGACUGCAUAGAUAAACGGGGGGAGUUUGUGGGCACCGCCUGCGGUCCCCACGGCCCAUACAUCCCUGAUGUUCUCUUCUGGUCCGUCGUGCUCUUCUUCUCUACCGUCGCCAUGUCUGCUUUCCUCAAGGAGUUCAAGACAAGCCGCUACUUCCCCACCAAAGUGAGAGCCAUCAUCAGUGACUUUGCUGUCUUCAUCACCAUCCUCACAAUGGUUUUAGUUGACUAUGCCUUAGGAGUUCCAUCUCCGAAACUCCAAGUCCCCAGUAACUUUAAGCCAACCAGAGAUGACCGCAGUUGGUUUGUGAACCCCUUGGGCCCCAAUCCCUGGUGGACCACGCUUGUGACGUUCAUCCCUGCCCUGCUCUGCACCAUACUUAUCUUUAUGGACCAGCAGAUCACAGCUGUGAUCAUCAACCGGAAGGAGCACAAACUCAAGAAAGGCUGUGGGUACCACCUGGACCUGUUUGUGGUGGGGGUUAUGCUGGGCGUGUGCUCGAUCAUGGGGCUCCCCUGGUUCGUGGCAGCCACCGUGCUCUCCAUCUCCCACGUCAACAGCCUGAAGCUGGAGUCGGAGUGCUCUGCCCCUGGAGAGCAGCCCAAGUUCCUGGGCAUCCGGGAGCAGCGCUUUACCGGACUCAUGAUCUUCCUGCUCAUGGGCUGCUCCGUCUUCAUGACCUCCGUCCUCAAGUUCAUCCCGAUGCCUGUGCUGUAUGGAGUUUUUCUUUACAUGGGAGCAUCGUCACUCAGGGGGAUUCAGUUCUUUGACCGACUGAAGUUGUUUGGCAUGCCAGCGAAGCACCAGCCGGAUUUCAUCUACCUGCGCCAUGUUCCCCUGAGGAAGGUCCACCUCUUCACUGUCAUCCAGCUGAGCUGCCUGGUCCUGCUUUGGGUCAUUAAGACUUCCAGGGCUGCCAUUGUCUUCCCCAUGAUGGUUCUGGCCCUGGUGUUUAUUCGGAAGCUGCUGGAUUUUUUCUUCACAAAGAGAGAGCUGAGCUGGCUGGAUGACCUCAUGCCCGAGAGUAAGAAGAAGAAAAUGGAGGACGCCGAACGAGAGGAGGAGCAAAGUAUUCUGGCUGAGGAGGAGGGAACUGUACAAGUGCCACUGGAAGGACAUUACAAGGCUGACCCCUCCACGGUGAACAUCUCUGAUGAAAUGUCCAAAACCUCUUUCGGGAACGUCUGGAAAGCCCUCGGCUCAGAAAGCUCCCAAAAAGAUCCAAGCUCAAAAAGCUCCCUUUCCUAACCUCUUAGAAGCUGAUUUCCCAAAGUUUUCCCAAUAGCAUCUUGAGAAGACCGGACAAGACAACAGGCAAAGAGAAGGGCUUUGACAGGGAGACAUGUCUGUGAUGUUUCCACUGUGCUUUCACCUUAACGGAUGUAGUGCGCACUGUAUAGAUUUGAGUAGGCCAAGUAUGUACUGUAUCCAUGUAUGUGUAUUGUGUGAAGCCUUUUUUUUCUUCCUCAGUGCGUGUAUGUAAAUUUCAAGUAAUACCAGCAACUUUAAGGGGCAGAUGGCGAUGGAAAUAAUAUCUGGAGAUGAAAAAGCUAUUAGGAUAUUUCCUCAUAUGAUUGGACCUGGUGGAUUAAGCUCUCGCUUAAAACAAUGUUUUUUAAAGCUGUUUUUAUUUGAAACAAAGUACUAUGUAUUUUGUAUGUUUUGUAUUUCUUUCUUUCAAAAGUCAAGAAACUAGCCACUAUCCUUUGGAAAUACCUUCGACAAUAUUUUAAAAGAUCAUAUCGACUGUAGUUUCAAUACUAUAAAACCAAUGAACAAUGCCAAGGGUUACCAGUUUUCCCAAAGCCGUUUUGUCACAUUAAUUUCAAUCACCCCUGAGUGUGAGGUCAGUGGAGCCUUGUUUGAUUGCAUGUGCUUGACAGUUACGUUACACCUCUUGGCACUUAACAAUGAUUGGCAGUAAAGUUCCCAUAAUGCCAUGUGCAUUAGUUAUCAUAACUCCAUAGCAUUAGAUAUUUUUAUAGUGUUGUGAAAGAUUUAUUUAAGCUGUGUGAAGUAACCUACACACAUAAUAAGUGCAGUUAUGUCACCUGCACAAAACAAAUGACAAAAUAGAUGAUUAUUUAUAAUAAUAUUAUUAUUAAUGUAUAUUAACCCCAAUAAGAGUGGUAAUAUAAUAAAGCAUCUAAUAGAUUAAAACAGAUGUACUGAAAUUAAAUAAAAAUGUUUAAACUUUGUGGAUUUCAAUGCUAUCCUCUUCUUUUGUUGCUUGACAAUGCUUGGUGUGAACUUGUUCAUAUGACGAGGCACACCUUUCUGCAUUGAUGGAGUUUGGAACAGAAAAGUAUUGUUUUGCUUUAUCUGGAACAUUUGGAAAGAUUUUCUUGCCUUUGUCCCAGAACUAUCCGAGUGUCAUUUCAGUUUUGUAUUCUUGUGAAAAUCAUUUGUGAUUCAUUAGAUUUACUUCAGGUCAAACACUCUCACAAUAAUUUUUUGUAUUGGUGGAAGAUACUAAAAGAUACUGUUUAUUUUUUAGUGCAUCAGGGUUUGUAAUAUGCUGUCAGUUUAUAAUCAAGGAGAUUAUCGUUAUGUAUUGUGCUUUUUGUCCUUUUGACUGUGCUGGGAAUCUGCUGAACUUGUGUUUGAUAUUUAUUUUUAAAGUUGAUUUGUCUUGUGCAUUUUAUGUAUUCGGAUUUCUCUAGUCCCAAACCUGCUUCACUCCUGUUCUAAACCUGCCUGCCACCUAUGGGGUUUUGUAGAGGGGAUUUCCCCGCCAUUACAUGCUUAUUGUGGAAUUUUUUUCUUGUGGAAUAUUUGCAAAACAAAAAAAAAAAAAUCUCCAGUGGGCUCAGAAUUAUUAGCACCAGAAUGAAUGUGCACAAUAAAUACUGUAAACUAAAAUAAUAAUACAGUUAUUCACAUAAGCUUUAUUUUCGAACAUGUGUAAAGUAGUGUGCUUUAUUAGUGAUGCAGUGGAAUCAACCAGCAGAUACAGGUGCGCUUGGUCACUGAAAUACCUUUGUUUGAAUAUCGAAUAUCGAAUGAGUCUUCUUCUUCAUGAGUUGACAAAUGAAAUUGCUUUUAUGAGGGUCGCACCUAAUAAUAAUUUUCUACAUGCUUUUGCUAACCCAGUGCCUAAGGAGACCUCACCAAUAUAUUCACUGUCAUGCAAGUUAAAAUCACUGUCAGUCACGUGCUUUUGAAAAACUGCUGACCCUAAUAAUGACAAAAAUUUCUUGUUCCACACUUAAGCGUAAAUUGUUUAGCAUAUUAAAUUUAACAUAAAGUCUGUAAAUGUAAAAAUUGCACAAAUAUAUAUCAAGAGGAUACUCAUAGUUAUACAUAUAUCAUAGCUUUAUUUGUUAUAUAAGUGUUAUAUAUAGGUGAGAAUAAUAAUUACAUAAAUAUGAAUAUGCUUUUUGUUUUGUUAAAUAAUCUUUGCUAUUCAUUCAGUAGAUGUAAUGCUUUGAUAAAUAAAGCAAUUUGCUAAUGAAGUGGCAAUUAUCAACCUCAAGCAGGCAAUGAUGAAAAUGACAAAAAAAUAAAGACUUAACUUGCCUUUGAAAAUACACUCAGUGAGCACUAUAUUAGGAAUUUAUGACUUAUUUUUUAGAAUUGUUGGUCUUCUGCUGCUAUAGCCUAUCCACAUAGAGUUUGAUGCAUUGUGUGUUCAGAGAUGCUCUUCUGCAUACCACUGUUGUAAUGUGUGGUUACUGCUUGGACCAGUCUGGCCCUUCUCCUCUGACCACUGUCAUUAACAAGGCAUUUUUUCAGAACUGCGGCUCACUGGAAGUUUUUUGUUUUUCUCACCAUCUCUGCAAACUCUAGAGACUGUUGUGCAUGAAAAGCCCAGGAGAUCAGCAGUUUCUGAGAUAUUCAACAUAUUCAGCACCUCGUCUGGCACCAACAAUCAUUCCACAGUCAAAGUCACUUAGAUCACAUUUCUUUCCCAUCGUGAGCUGAAGCUCAUGACCAUGUGCAUGCUUUUAUGCCUUUAGUUGCUGCCACAUGAUUGGCUGAUUACAUAUUUGCAUUAAGAAGCUGGUGUACAGGACAGGUGGUUAACCUAUUAAAGUGCUCAAUGAGUGUAUAUUUAAAAUGAGUUUUAUGGGUUUAUAAAAGCCCUGGUCUAACCAUCUUCUUUACAACAGGUAAAGACACACAAAGCAGAGGAGACAAACUUGUAUUGACCAUUGAUGAAUACAGUGCCAGUGCUACACUUUUUCAAAUACCUACAUGAGAAAUGGGAAAUUAUCCAGACAUAUAAAUUAGCCAGAUCAGACCAGUGAGGUUUUUUUUUUUCAUUCACCACAGCUACAUAUUCAAAUUAAGCUGUUGUUUGUAUUUGCUUGAAUAUGCUAUAAAGCUUUAUAUAGAGCAUUUUCCAGCUAAAAGCGUUGUCCAAUUAUGAGGGCUUUUGAAAACGUUUAUACCUGUUCUAUAAUAAUAUUGUUUUACAAUGGAAAAGUACAAGCCUCAGCAACAUAGUUCAGCUUUCAGCAAUAGCGUUCAUCCUUGAUAAAUCAUUUAAACUGCCCAUGUUUACUGUUAUGACACAAGAUUUCACCUGUGCCAUUCAGUUUACCUAGACCUAUGUGUUCAGAACUGAAUAAUGAAUUCUACUUUUUUGGUUUCUGGUUAAUAAUAAUUGUAUGGUCACUGAACUGCUGUGUAAGAAACAUGUAAAAACUGCUUAAAUUUGUUACUCAAGGAUAAGGAUGUGGAAUAUUGUCAUUAUACUGAAUAGAGGCCUUAGUUAAAGGACUAUUCUUUGCCUGACAUAUUGUGUUUGAACAACAAUAGACAUAAGGGGCUUUGUGCUCUGAACUAACUGUAGUCAAUAACUGUAAAUGUGGAGAGGGCAAGAGAAACAGAAGCAAUAGUAUUUUUACUAUUCAGGCAAAUACAUAUUACAUUUAUUGUACUUUAUGAAAUAAAUGCUAGAAUUCCUUUGUAAAAUUCCUUUGUUGAAACAAAUACCUAAAUAAAAUGUCUUUAUGUAAUGUGUUGCUAACUUUUAAAUUUUAAAAUGCAUAAAAAAACCUUUGAAGUCAAA